AUGUCUCUCCUUCAAAUGUUGUUAUCUUCAUCUACAAAAGUUGGAGUGUCAUCUUCAACAAUAGAAACCUCUUUCUCUUCUUCAAACGAUAAUAACAGUAGCAGUACAACUACCAUACUGAAUAAUUCGAAUAGAAUUGCUUCAGAAAUUUAUCUACAACACUUGGACCCUUAUACAUUGAGUGGGAUUUCUCUGGGUAUUGAAGUUAUUUUCAUACCCAUCUUUCUCGGAUUGGUUACUUUCAUUGCUGUUUUCAUGACAAGAAAGGAUAUUCGAAAGGUAAUGGCAAGAAAUCAAAAGAUUUUACUAACACUUGUUAUUAUCCUUCUGAUAAUUCAAUGUGUUGGAUUGACUUUCAGAGGAAUAUUCGAUAGCUUGACCAUUAAUAUUGUACACGACAUAUUGACAACCAUUGAGAAGGAGGAAGGAAUAGAAACAGCCAACCUAGCUUUGAGCUCAAUGAAUUCAACUACAAGUGCGGCCCAGGCAGGCGUCCAGGACUCGAAAGUAAUAGCCCUCUACUUGAUGGGAUCAUUUGAAAUCAUGACACAAGUUCAGAACAUGACCCUCAUUAUAUUCAUCAUCUUAUUUAUUUCCAAUGUGUUUUUAAAUACGGUAGGAAUGGCUACUGGUAUUAUCUCUACAAGAAAGAUGACCAUACUUAGAUAUUUGGUAAAUGUUUUGGGAGGUUCAGCUAUUGUUAUCUUGCUGUUGGUUAUUACUGCCACUGCUAUUAGUUAUUUUAUUAUCAAGAUUAGAAUUGCGUUUGAUUUUCAAACCUAUCUCUAUGUGGUUGUGUAUAUUAUAUUUGUGGUGACUGUUGUGUUUCAUGGACUUAUUUCAAAUAUAGUCGGAUGUGCAGUUUUCAGUGUCAUUCGUCGUAGAACAAGCAAGCACAACAAACAAUCCAACCAACAAUCCCUGAGAAAAGUUGUCAUUCUCCAAUUGGGUGUUAAUAUUAGUGCUCUCAUUCAAUUAUUUGCUGGCAUUUUCAUUGCUCUCUCCAGUGAAUAUUUACAUUUGAAAUUGGUCUUUUACUUUUUUAAUAAUGUUGGAAUUGUAAUCUUUGCAUGUCUUGUUUUCAGCUUGUAUCAUCCCUUAUUCACAGGAGCAGUAAAGGAAUUAAAUGAGAUGAAGGAGAAAUCAUCUCAGAGUGGAGGAGAUAGCUCACGAUAUGAUCAAGCAAAGGAAUUAUCUGAUAAGAGUGUUAUGGAUACAUGUGGAAGAAAUGAAAAGAGAAAAUCUAGAGUUCAACCACUUUCUCCUCGACCUCAACAACAAGUUGGUGUUAAAUUAUUGGAGGAAAAGAAAGUUGAUUCAGAGGAAAAUCAACCAAUUAUUGUUAAUAAUGAUCAUGUUCAGGUCAUCUUGGAAGAAAAUCAACCAAUUGUUUGUAACAAUGAAACAACUCCAACUGAACCUCCAAUUGAAGAUAAGGUGGAAGAUUCAAUCGUUGUCUAA